CCGGCUGUUGCAGCCAUGGAGCAGCGGCUGCGAGCGCUGGAGCAGCUGGCGCGGGGCGAGGCCGGCCCCGGCCCCGGCCUCGACGGCCUCCUGGAUCUGCUGCUGGGGCUGCACCACGAGCUCAGCGGCGCCCCCCUGCGGCGGGAGCGGAACGUGGCGCAGUUCCUGAGUUGGGCCGGCCCCUUUGUCGAGAAGGUGCGAGAACUGCGGCUGCAGAGAGAAGACUUUGAAAUCUUAAAGGUCAUCGGCCGAGGGGCCUUCGGGGAGGUGGCCGUGGUACGGCAGAGGGAUAGCGGGGAGGUCUUCGCCAUGAAGAUGUUACACAAGUGGGAGAUGCUGAAGAGGGCUGAGACGGCCUGUUUCCGGGAGGAGAGGGACGUGCUCGUGAAGGGGGACAGCCGCUGGGUGACAGCCCUGCACUACGCCUUCCAGGACGAGGAAUACCUGUACCUGGUCAUGGAUUACUACCCAGGCGGGGACCUUCUCACCCUGCUGAGCCGCUUCGAGGACCGUUUGCCACCUGAGCUGGCACAGUUCUACCUGGCCGAGAUGGUGCUCGCCAUCCACUCGCUACACCAGCUGGGUUACGUGCACAGGGACAUCAAGCCAGACAAUGUCCUACUGGACAAGAACGGGCACAUUCGCCUGGCUGACUUUGGCUCCUGCCUGCGUCUCAACACCAGUGGCAUGGUGGAUUCAUCAGUGGCCGUGGGGACGCCCGACUACAUCUCCCCCGAGAUCCUGCAGGCGAUGGAGGAGGGCAAAGGUCAUUACGGGCCUCAGUGUGAUUGGUGGUCUCUGGGAGUUUGUGCCUACGAGCUGCUCUUCGGAGAGACCCCCUUCUACGCUGAGUCCCUGGUGGAGACCUAUGGCAAGAUCAUGAACCAUGAGGAUCACCUCCAGUUUCCCCCUGAUGUGCCCGACGUUCCAGCCAGCGCCCAAGACCUCAUCCGCCAGCUGCUUUGCCACCAGGAGGAGCGGCUGGGCCGUGGGGGGCUGGACGACUUCCGGAAGCACCCCUUCUUUGAAGGCGUGGACUGGGAGCGGCUGGCCAGCAGCACGGCCCCCUACAUCCCCGAGCUGCAGGGACCCAUGGACACGUCCAACUUCGACGUAGACGAUGACACUGUCAGCCCUCCGGGGACCCUGCCACCACCGUCCCACGGCACCUUCUCGGGUCACCAACUCCCAUUUGUGGGAUUCACCUAUACCUCCGCUAGCCUGGGUUCCAGGAACAACUCGGUGCCACUGGAGCGGGAGAAGGCUGAGCCAAACUGCAGGCUUCAAGAGACCCUGCCAAGCCCCUCCGACCCCCAUGAGCUGGAGCGGCUCCAGAAGGAGGUGCAGAGGCUGCAAGACAGGCUGGCAGAGACGCUGACGGACAGCAAGACCCCUAGAAGGCAGAGUGAUCGGCCCCCCACGAGCAGCCCAGGCCAGGCCAGCGAUGAGCACCUGCGGCAGGAGCUGGCUGAGGUGCAGGCCCAGCUGCGGGCAUACAAGGAUGAGCUCCAUGGGGCUCACUGCCAGCAGGAGGAACUGCUCCAGGGAUUUCUGAAGGCGCAGGAGAGGGAAGCGGCUGCCACCAGCCGAGUGCAGGCCCUGAGCUCACAGCUGGAUGAGGCCCAGGAGGCCCGGAGGGAGCUGCAGGCCCAGGUGGCCAUGCUGAGUCGGGAAGUGACGAGACUCCAAAGGCAGCAGGAGCAGAGCCCUGAGAAGGAGUGUGCCCCAGUCCCAGUCAAGACCGUGCACACAGCCUCAGAGACUAAUGGAACAGGAGCGCCCCAGGAAGCUGAGCUGAGGCGGGAGCUGGCGGUGCUGCAGAUGCAACUGGAACAGGCCCGAGGCCAGGCGUCCCAUGGCAAGGAGGAGGCCCUGAGCCGGCUGCAGGAGGAGAACCGAAGGCUAAGCAGAGAGCAGGAACGGUUGGUUGAAGAACUGGAGCGGGAGCAGCAAAGCAAGCAGCGGUUGGAGGGUGAGCGGCAAGAGACGGAGAGCAACUGGGAGGCCCAGAUCGCAGACAUCCUCAGCUGGGUGAAUGACGAGAAGGUGUCCCGGGGCUAUCUGCAAGCCUUGGCCACCAAGAUGGCUGAGGAGCUGGAGUCGCUGAGGAAUGUGGGCACCCAGACGCUCCCUUCCCGGCCACUGGACCACCAAUGGAAAGCUCGGCGGCUGCAGAAGAUGGAGGCCUCAGCCCGGCUGGAGCUGCAGUCAGCGCUUGAAGCGGAGAUCCGGGCCAAGCAGGCAUUGCAAGAGCGGCUGACACGGGUGCAAGAGGCACAGAUGCAGAGUGAGAGCCGGUUGCAGGAGGCGGAGAAGCGGAACCAGGGCUUGCAGCAGGAGCUGGCAGCGCUGCGGGAAGAGCUGCGGAGCCGUGGAUCUGGGGACUCCAAACCCUUCAACUCCCUGAUUCCCUUCCUGACCUUCCGAAACUCUGAGAAGGACUCAGCAGAGAACUCCAAGUCAGGGCUGGAGCCAGAACUGAGGCCCGAGGGUCGCCGAAGCCUGCGCCUGGGGACUGUGCUGUCCAGAGGGUCAGCCAUCGCCACCACCCCAGCAGACGGUCAUGCUGCCACACCCGGCGCCCACUCGCUACGUGCCCGGAGUUUCCCAGCACCCACCAAGUGUCUGCGCUGCACGUCACUGAUGCUGGGCCUGGCCCGCCAGGGUCUGGGCUGUGACACCUGUGGCUACUUCUGUCACUGGGCUUGUGCUUCCCAGGCACCCCCCUGCCCUGUGGCCCCCGACCUCCUCCGCACAGGCCUGGGAGUGCACCCCGAAACGGGCACAGGCACAGCUUAUGAGGGCUUCCUGUCGGUGCCACGGCCCUCGGGGGUACGCCGGGGCUGGCAGCGGGUGUUUGCGGCCCUCAGCGACUCACGCCUGCUGCUAUUUGACGCUCCUGACCCACGGCUCAGCCCGGCCAGUGGUGCCCUCCUGCAGACGCUGGAUUUGAGGGACCCUCAGUUCUCCGCCACCCCAGUCCUGGCCUCUGACGUCAUCCACGCCCAAUCCAAGGACCUGCCACGCAUCUUCAGGGUGACGGCCUCGCAGCUGACUGUGCCCCCGGCCACAUGUGCAGUGCUGCUGCUGGCCGAAAGCAAGCGGGAACGGGAGCGCUGGCUGCAGGCGCUGGGGGAGCUUCGGCGGCUGCUGCAGGAUGCCAGGCCCCGGCCCCGGCCCGUGUACGUGCUCAAGGAGGCUUAUGACAACGGACUCCCUCUGCUGCAGCAGGCGCUGUGCACCGCAGUCCUCGACCAAGACCGGCUUGCCCUGGGCACUGAGGACGGCCUCUUCGUCAUCCACCUGCGCAGCAAUGACAUCUUCCAGGUGGGUGAGUGCCGGCGGGUGCAGCGGCUGGCUGUGAGCUCCGCCUCGGGCCUCCUGGCGGUGCUAUGUGGCCGUGGCCCCAGCGUGCGGCUCUUUGCCCUAGCCGAGCUGGAGAGCAUGGAUGCUGCAGGCUCCAAGAUCCCCGAGUCUCGGGGCUGCCAGGCGCUGGUGGCCGGGACCAUCCUGCAGGCCCGCACCCCUGUGCUCUGCGUGGCCAUCAAGCGCCAGGUGCUGUGCUACCAGCUGGGACCCGGGCCCGGGCCCUGGCAGCAUCGCAUCCGUGAGCUGCAGGCAUCAGCGUCGGUGCACAGCCUCGGGCUGCUGGGAGAUCGGCUGUGUGUGGGCGCAGCUGGCACUUUCACCCUCUACCCGCUUCUCAAUGAGGCCGCACCCACGGUCCUGGGGGCCGGGCUGGUGCCCGAGGAACUGCCCCCGGCCCGUGGGGGCCUGGGCGAGGCACUGGGCGCCGUGGAGCUCAGCCUGAGCGAGUUCCUGCUGCUCUUCACCACUGCUGGGGUCUACGUGGACAGCACCGGCCGAAGGUCUCGCCUCCAUGAACUGACAUGGCCAGCAGUGCCCACAGGCUGGGGCUAUGCAGUACCCUACCUGACCGUGUUCAGCGAGAAUGCCAUCGACGUGUUUGAUGUGAGGCGAGCAGAAUGGGUCCAGACUGUGCCCCUCAAGAAGGUGCGACCCCUGAACCCAGAGGGCUCCCUCUUCCUCUAUGGCACAGAGAAGGUCCGCCUGACCUACCUCCGGAACCAGCUGGCAGAGAAGGACGAGUUCCACAUCCCCGAUCUCACUGACAACAGCCGGCGCCAGCUGUUCCGCACCAAGAGCAAGCGUCGCUUCUCGUUCCGCGUGUCGGAGGAGCUUCGACAGCAGCAGCGCAGGGAGAUGCUGAAGGACCCGUUUGUUCGCUCCAAGCUCAUCUCAUCACCCACCAACUUUAACCACCUGGUGCAUGUGGGCCCUACUGAUGGGAAACCCCUGGCCACGGCUUCCGAAGAGAAGGGCCGAGGUGGCCGCAGUGCAGGCCCACAGCGACCCCACAGCUUCUCCGAGACCCCGCGGCGCCCAGCUUCCAUGGGCAGUGAAGGGCUCAUGGCGGGCGCAGACUCCAUGAAACGGAAGCCUUGGACGUCUCUGUCCAGUGAAUCUGUGUCUUGCCCUCAGGGAUCCUUGAGCCCUGCAGCCUCUCUGAUGAAGGUCUCUGAGAGGCCCCGGAGCCUCCCCCCGGCCCCUGAAUCUGAGAGCUCCCCUUGAUAGGCUCUAUAGGGCCCACUCCAAACCUGAGAGAAAGAGACCGGAAGGAGCAGAGAGCAUGAGGGAGACCAGAAUCCGGCUGGUCCGGAACGAGUGGAAAUCCGGACUCAGGGAGGACAUAGGAGGGGGAGAAGGACCUGGGGUCCUAAACUUGGACACCCAGUCCCCUUCCUGUCCUUUCCCUCUGUUCAGCCUUAACCUGUGAUUGCUGCUGGGGUCCGAAUAUACCCCUACUUCGCCCGGGUACCUGAGCGGGUGCGGGGAGGCCCGCUGUGCCAAAGCUCCCAUUUCCAGUGCCAAGUCUCAGGAGGCCUGUAAGAGGAUUGGGGUGCUGGGUGGAGAAAGACAGGGUGGGGGAGUCGGGGUCCUGGUUGAGGACUUUUGAGCCCCCAGAGUUAGGCUGAGUCAGGGCCAGGGCGGGAAGCCCUGAUCCCUGAUCCUGGGGGUUGGAGGAGCCAGGGGGGAAAGGAAGGUGAGAAUGUCGGGUUGAAGAAGGGAAGUGAAUGAAGGGAGAGAGAUGGAAGGAGGCGAAAGGAGGAAGAGGAAGAGGAGAAGUAGGAGGAGGAAGAGAAGAAGGACGAAAGGAACAUGGGGGGAACCAUGAAGAAGAGAAGAGAAUUGGGGGGAUGGAAGAGGGCACUGGGAAUAGUUGGUAGGAGAACGAGGUCACAGCCAAUGGCCAUUCUCCAUCUGCCAAGGACAGGGAUGGGGCGGGACACGAGGGUAUUUAUAAGGGCUACCUGUGGGGAGACGGGCACCCCUGGAUGGUCUCCAGGCACAUUCAGGCUUCCCAGAAAUGGGGGUGUCCUUUUCUCUCAAAGCUUCAACCAACUGUGUAUUAGGGAAUCUUAGGGGACAUUUUAUUAUUGAUCACAUUAUUAUGUUAUUAUAUUACUAUUUUUAUUAAACUUCCCCUACUGGUAUGUGGGGGGCCUAAA